GAGAAACCAUAUCCUCUUGCGUCUCGUCGUUUAUGGUUUAAACGGCAACUAAAUGCCGGAUUCAUCGUUGGUGACGGUGGAUGAGAGGAAACAACAAGAAUUCUCUUGUUGUUGAUAACACCAAGUUUGAUUUGCUUAUUAGAAAGACCACGGCGUUUGAUUUUUUCAUAUUCAAUCCCCGCAGACUUUAUCCGUUGCUUCCACUUCUUAUACUAUCAUGGCUAACGGCUGCAGUUAUGACGUGUUUCUAAGCUUUAGAGGCGAAGAUACUCGCAAUUCUUUCACGGAUCAUCUCUAUGCGGCAUUAGUGCGAGGAGGACUUCGCGUUUUUAGGGAUACUGAUGAAAUCAACAGAGGUGAAGAACUGAAGCCGGAAAUUAGGAGAGCAAUCAUGGAAUCCAGGGCUUCAGUAAUUGUCUUGUCGGAGAAUUAUGCAACUUCCACAUGGUGCCUUGACGAGCUUUGGUUGGUUAUUGAACAGCGGAGGGAAUGCAAUCAUUUUGUUUUACCUGUUUUCUAUCAUAUUGACCCCAUGGAUGUUAGAAAACAAGAUAAAUCUUUUGACAUAAAAGUGCAAACUUCUACAAGGUGGACUGAUGAUAACGUGAAUAGGUGGAAGGCAGCUCUUACUGAGGUUGCUGAUUUGAAGGGCAUGGUUCUUUCUGGGCUUGAAACGACGUUUUUGGCUGAUAUCGUUCAUACAAUUCACAAUAAACUAGAUUUCAAAUUGGUUAGUCUUCCACAAAAUCUAACAGGGAUGGACACUCGUCAUAAAGAUAUCAAUUCCUGGCUAAAGCAAUCUGAAGAAGAAUUUUUGGCAAUUUGUGGCAUGGGAGGAAGUGGGAAGACAACGUUGGCCAAGUACAUUAUAGAUUCAAAUUGGCGAACUUUUGAAAACAUUAGUUUCCUUGAAGACAUAGGUAGUAGAUGCAAAGAUUCCCGUGAUUUAUGUGAGCUACAGGAAAAACUUUUGGGAGACAUUUUAGGGGGCAAGAAUAGAAAAAUACCUAGUGUUUCUCAUGGUAUGUGUAAGAUUGAGGAAGCCUUACAAACAAAAAAAGCACUUAUUGUUCUUGAUGACAUUGUCGAACAGGGCCAGUUAAUAGCUUUACUUGGGAAUAGCAUGAUUAAUACACAAAGCAAGAUUAUUAUAACAACAAGGGUUCUAAAUACCGAAGAAUGGCUUGGCCCCAGAUCUUUGAGGUGUCGAAAAUACAAAAUGAAAUUAUUGGAUGACGAUGAAUCACUUGAGCUUUUAUGUCGUCAUGCAUUUAGAUCAAAAAUUCCCAUGGAAGGAUUCGAGAAGCUCACAAUACAAGCAAUACGUUAUUGUGAAGGGAAUCCACUAGCUCUUGAAGUGUUGGGCUCGUCUUUAUUUGUUAGUGCAGACAUACCAAAGACAGAUAACAUCCUUCACUGGAGAAGUACAUUGAAAUUAUUGGAUAGAGAGAUUGAUUCUGGAAUUCAACGUAUACUCAGGAGGAGCUAUGAGUCGUUGCCACGUUACUCUAACAAGGAGUUGUUUUUGCAUAUUGCUUGUUUCUUUAUUGGCACAGACUUGGAUUAUGUGGUAAAGAUAUUAGAGCAUGAUUACUCAGCAUUAUCUGGGAUUAAAACCCUAACUAAUAGAUGCCUUCUUUCUGUGUCACCAAACAAAAAAGUAAUGAUGCAUCGGUUACUCCAAGAGAUGGGGAGAACGAUAGUCAAUGAAGAAUCUCCCAAAGACCCUGCAAAACGUAGUAGAGUGUGGCUUAAUACGGAAUCCUAUGAUGUGUUAAGAAAAGGAAAGGGUUCAGAAACAAUGGAAGGAAUGGCACUUGACAUGCAAAUGUUAAAGGAAGAGAAGAAUGUAUUCAAGAUUACAGAGCUUAUGACAGAUUCGCUUAAAAACAUGGAUAACCUGAAAUUGCUCCAGCUCAAAUUUGUGCAAGUAACCGGAUCCUACGAAAACUUUUCAGAACAACUAAGAUGGCUCUGCUGGAUUGGAUUCCAUUUAAGAACCAUACCUUCUGAUUUAUUCAUGGGGAACUUGGUUGCUUUAGAUAUGAGCUAUAGCUGCUUGGAAGUCUUUGAACCACCCAUGAUUCUUCCAUUAUUGCAGAUUCUCAAUCUUAAAGACUCCCACAAGUUACUCGAAAUCCACAAUAUUUCCCGACUCCCUAAUCUUGAGACUCUGAUUCUCUGGAACUGCCACAGUUUGGUUCAUGUUUGUGAAACCAUUCAACAGCUUAAGAGUCUUGCUCUAUUGAACAUGACAGGGUGUGAAACAUUGUGGGAGAAUUCAUGGAAGAUGCAGCAUACAAAUCCGUUAAAAGAGCUAAAAGUUUCAACUUCUGAUGAACGAGUUAAAGGACUAUCUACCUUCUCCUUGCCACCUUCAUUACAACGGUUAUUCCUCAAUGACUGCUACCUUGAGAGUACUGAUUCUUCUCCUUUGUGUUUCAGUAUUCAAUCGUUUUUGCAAUACUUGAAUCUAGGCAAUAACCUAUUCGAAUUCUUGCCUAUGUACAAUCAUCUUAAAAAUCUCCGUGUCCUUGACUUGACUUGGUGCUUAAGACUUAAAUGGAUUCUAUGUCUUCCAAGUACACUUGCAGAAUUGUAUGUAUAUUACUGUAAGUCAUUGGAGAGAGUAACUUUCGAAUCAUGUCGAUUCACAUUGCAAGAAUUCGGCUAUGAAGGCUGUCUUAAUUUGUUAGAAAUCGAAGGAUUUAUUAAACUGGUGCCACUAGUCAAACUUGAUGAAACUGAUUUGGGACAUUUGAAAUGGCUAAAAGAACAUCAAAAUCAUAAGGUGUGCCUGGUUGGAGAUGAUGAGCUCACCAAAGGCAGAAGUUUGUGUAUCCAGAUAUUGUAUGAAUUCAACAUAAUGAGCACUUCUCUACCAGACAUAAAUGAUCCUAAUAUGACACCUGAUUAUAUAUCAGAAUCCACAUCAUUGUCAUUUAACGUGCCUUUGGGACCGAAGGAUAGGAGGCUUAAGGGAUUAAACAUAAUUCUCAAGUAUAAAACAUCAGGUGAGGAUUGGGCAUGGUUCACUAAAAUCACCACUAGCAAUGGUGUUGAUUUGAUGUAUAAUCCCAUAGUCUUUGGCAAACCUGCAUCUGGUGAAGUUGGUAUAUGGUUAAGCUAUUGGCCAAUUGGAAACACAUUGAAAGUUGGAGAUAGAGUUAAUGUUUCUACCACUGUGAUGAAUGGGUUGGAGAUACUCGAGUGUGGUGUAAGCCUUGUGUACACACAUGAUGAUGAUGAGGUAGUAAAUGAGAUCUUGGAAAAUGACAUGGAAUGGGUAAAAAUUCUUGGUGGAGAUUAUUCUGGAUUUCAACUAAGAACAGGAGCAUAUUAUCUUUGUCGCCGUGAUUUCUUUGAGUUUAUCGAGGUUGGAAGACUGACUCCUGAUUGGUUUAAGAUUUUAGUUGGUGAUACCGUUGACUGUACAGAGAUACGAGGAUGGAGAAAGACAGGGAGACCUCAGCAGUUGAAUCAGUCAUUUAUAGAAUUGAAAACUGUUAAAUGCAUAGUCCAUGCUUCUGAAUCGGAGCAAAUUUACAAGAUUGGAGAGAUGUCAAAAUCAUCUCAUGUUGGUAAAACUUUGGGGAUCCCAUCAAUGAUUUCUGCUUCUGCAUCAAAGCCUGAGGACACUGUGGACACGUCUAAAGCGUCUAUUACUGAAACUAUUGACUUCACAUCAAGCUCACUCAAGGAGUCGAUGAAAUCUGCCACUAGAUCUGAAUCUAGUGUCUCAGAAUCAGAGUCUGUGGAGAUCACAUCAUCGAGCUUACUCAUUAAGGAGAUGAAAGCUGCCACUGAAUCUGGUGACUCGCCAGCAAAGGAUCUGUUGGGUCAACUUCCAGUUGCAUCUUCUUUGAGCACAGUGGCUUCUCCAUGGAAAAAGUUUAGCUGCUUUGAUGUUUACUUGAGUUGUGACUACAUAUUUACCACUCGAUUCAAAAAUCAUUUGUGUGAUGGGUUAGUGACAGCAGGAAUUCAAAUUUCCCCAUACUCUCUUCAUUUCGUAUCUGGAGGUGGAUACCUUAGAAACUCCGAAGCAAGGGCAUCCAUUGUUGUAUUGUCGGAGAACUAUGCAAGUUCAGUUCGGUGCUUGGAUGAGUUACUGUUGAUCCUUGAGAGAAGGGCAAAGUUAAAUCAUUUUGUUUUACCUGUGUUUUAUGAUGUUGAAGCCUCAGAUGUUAGGGGACACCAGAGACUUUUUGCAUUACGGUGGUAUCAAACUUCUUCUACAUGGAAGGGGAAGGUGGAUCGAUGGAAGGCAGCACUUACAGAGGUUGCUAAUUUGCCCGGUUUCCAUGUUUCUAGGAAUAAUGAGACGUCUGUUAUUAGAGAAAUUGUUGGUACUGUGGGGCAUAAACUCUAUCCCAAUGCAUUUAGUACACCACCACAUCCAACCAAAUAAGAACCAAGCGGGAUGAUGCGGAAAAACCAAGAUGGCUGCAGCUAUUUGUGAGUCAACGGAAAUAACCAUUUCCAAACGAUGAAGAUUCAAAGUGAACAGUUAUAGAUUGUGAUUUGUUUCUUAUUAUGUAACAUUGUAUUUUUUUCAAGCUAAGUUUUACGUUAUUUUACAUUUUGUUAAUUUUAUUGUGCUAGCUGAAUUAUGGAUCUAUAAUUUAAUGUUCGCCAAACAAUGGGAAAAAUUAAUUUCGGAACAGGCCGACGGUUUGCUGCAGCCAUCAGGACAGGUUUGUAGACCAUUGAAGAGACAAUGCCACGAAGGAAUGCGUAGAAGCAUGUCUUAGAAAAUCUGUAAUAUCUGAUUGUAGGCAUGACUCGGUCUCAUGGGAAACAUAUGCAUUCAUGCACCUUAGUGGAAAAUGCUACUUGUUAGUGUUUUAUUAUUUAUUUUAAUGUAUUUUCUAUAUAGUGUUUGGCCC